AUGCCGAGGAGCCGCUGCUGCCACUACCGUCACCCGGGGCCCCUUACCGCUCCGCGCGCCCCGCCCGGCCCGCGCCGCACCCCACCCGCUUCCCUCAGCCGGCGCCGGCCCCCCGCCCCCGCCCCGCGCGGCGGCCGCCGCUCCCCUCAGCGGCCACGCACGCACUUUGCGAACCUCUGGCGCUGUCACCGGGUCCCCGAAGCCAGCGUCUUCCAACGUCUCGCGCUCCCUCCCGGUCUCUGUUCCCGGCGCCACGGCGGUCCUGCCGCUACCGCCGCCGCCGCCGCUUGGCUGGUUACACGCCUGACUCUGGGCGAGGUUUGGCGGUGUCGCCUUGACGUCAGGCGUUCAGCCUCGCUCUCGCUUCCGUCCGCGGGCGGGGCGCGAGGGGCGGGGCGGGCCGCCGCGUGGAGGCGGGGCCGCUGCGCGCGGGGGUCCUCGCUGCGGGCCUCCUGCCCCGCCUCCCGCUCUGCACGGGGCGCAGGCCGGAUUCUCGCGGCGCCUUUUGCGGCACUUGGGCGGCGGAGUUUCCUGCGUAGUUUCCUUCGUGUCUCCAACACAUCUUCAACCACGCCUCAGUCGGCCGGCUGGAGGGCUGGAUCUUGUGUCAGCAACCCUGAGGGCGCGCCCUUACCACCCCAGUGGGUUACAGUAAUGCAAAGGGCUUAG